GCGAUAUAAAAAUUGGGGGGAAAAAAUACACAUACUUAAAGACUUUCAGUAAUGGAAACGAGUGUGGCGACGAAGAUCUUUGCUCUGCUUUGUGUUUUUCUGCUUUAUGGGGCUCCACCUUCACUUCAAACAGAGAAGCACUCGCUGUAUUACAUUUACACGGCUCUGUCCAAACCUGUGGAUCUGCCGGGCAUCUAUCAGUUCAGUGCUAUGGGUCUGCUAGAUGACAGAGAGAUUGACUAUUACAAUAGUGAGGAACAGAGGAAGAUUCCCAAACAGCACUGGAUGAAAGAGAAAAUGCAGGAGGAUUACUGGGAAAAAGGCACCCAGUCCAGAAAGAGCAAAGAACAGUGGUUUAAUGUGAAUGUUGACAUUCUGAUGAAACGUAUGAGACACAAUGAAUCAGAUCUUCAUGUUCUUCAGUGGAGACAUGGUUGUGAAAUUGAGAAACAAGGAGAUGAAGUGAAGUUUCUCAGAGGCAUUGAUGAGUACAGCUACGAUGGAGCAAACUUUCUGUCUUUUGAUGAUAAAGAGUCUCAGUGGGUCGCCUCAGUUGAUGAAGCUCUACCAACCAAGAGAAAAUGGGACAAUGUGCCGAUCCUAAACCAAUACACCAAAGGAUACCUGGAGAAAGAGUGUGUGGACUGGCUCAACAAAUUCAGAGACUAUGGCGAUGAGGAGCUCAGAAACGGCUCUCCUCCAGAUGUUCAUGUGUUUGCAAAAAGGUCUUUCAGAGACAAAACCAAGCGGAGACUCACCUGUCUGGCCACCGGGUUCUACCCCAAAGACACAUUCUUGACCAUCAGAAAAUAUCGCUCACCUAUGCCUGAAGAUGAGGUUGAAUCCACAGGAAUCAGACCAAACCAUGAUGGGACCUUUCAAAUGAAGAAGAGUGUGAUUAUCCAGGAGGAAGAAAAAGAUGAUUUAGAUUGUUUUGUUGGUCACAGAACCCUCAAAGAAACAAUUAUCGUCAGAUGGGGUAGGCAAACUAAAAUAAUUAAAGGGCAGAAGAAAAGGGAACUGGCAUGUGUGAGAGUUCAUCAUCAGUCUAUUCUGGGUUCAGAGAUGAUCUCUGCUCGACUGAGUCCCACAUGUCUCCAAACCUCAAACAUCUUGGAGUACGAGCAGAAGAAGAGUGUAUUGUUGUCGAGUCAGCAGAAGACUCUUCUAGGAGUGGAUUUAGAGUCUCGCACCAUGUGGACACAUCUGUGUUUCUACACUUCAGGACUGUUAGAGUCAGUUCAAACCAGAGAAACUAGUUCACACAGGUUUAUGCUGUAG